UGUUACAAUCUCGCGCACCUCUAGACAUAUCGGGAGGCUUGUAACAAGUGGGGGCUCGUCUAGCCGUUUUUUUUUUUUUUUUUCUCUCCUUCACAAAGUGAGAAUUCGUUCGUUUGGUUUUGGAUCGCCAAAUUAAACUUUUGCUCUGUUCGCCAUGAAUCAAACUCCGUUUGUGCGUUCGUAACUGACUGUGGAUUAUAAUGAGGGAUACCACCAAGCAAGUGCUUAAGGAGAGUUUGUAUGAGAAAUUGAUCGCUGCAGGUAUUUUACCUAGGCAAGCUGGUGAUGAUGGUGAGCUUCAGACUGGUGUGGCAGGGAGUGCUGAAAUAGUGCGGGACGCGGAUCAAGAGGUAGGUCUAAGUCCAAAUUUUGAUUCUGUGCCUCAUGAAAUGAUUGCUAUAAAGUUAAAAGAGAUGGAUCUGCUAAUUAAGAAGCAAGAAUGUGAGGCAGAGAUGAUUAGGUUUCGCAUGCUAGAAAAGCAGGCAGAUAGAGAUAUUGAGAUGCGUAAAUUGGAUUUAGAAUCUGAGCGUUUGGCUCGGACGCCAGUUCCCCAUAUUCGGCCUAAUGCAGUAUCUUCGCCCGUAAUUAUGGCUGGGAGCACUGUAACUGAGGAUUUUUCCCACACUGUUUCGAGUGAGUCAUUUGAUGUUAGUAAGUAUAUUCGACUUGUACCUCCAUUUAGGGAGGCUGAAGUUGAUUCCUACUUUAUUGCGUUCGAGCGAAUUGCAAGUAAACUGAAAUGGCCAAAAGAGAUGUGGGCUUUGCUGUUACAAUGUAGUCUUACAGGGAAAGCUCAAGAGGUUUGCUCAGCCUUACCUAUUGAAGGCUCUCUUGACUAUGAAACGGUGAAGUCAGCUGUUUUGCGCGCAUACGAGUUAGUCCCCGAAGCGUAUCGGCAGAAGUUUCGCGGACAAAUGAAAACAGUCAAACAAACGUAUGUAGAGUUCGUGAGAGAAAAAAAAGUGUUGUUUGAGAAGUGGUGUUUUUCUAGCAGGGUUGCAUCCCUGGAGGAGUUGCAGGAGUUAAUCUUGCUAGAAGAGUUUAAAAAUUGCCUUCCAUCUAAUAUCGUUGUAUAUUUGAACGAACAAAAGGUUACUUCGCUUGCCAAUGCUGCCGUUUUGGCAGACGAAUUUGUGUUGACGCACAAAAAUGUCUUCUCGUCAGGUGCGACUGUUAAAUCUCAGGUGUGGAAUUCGGAGAAUUCAGUACAGCGUGUUACGCGUUCGUUUAAAGGCGACGUACCUCGUAAAUCAAAUGAGGGCACUGAUAAGCGUGUUUGUUUUUUUUGCCUUGAUCCAAAUCAUCGAAUUGCGGACUGUAAAGCCUGGAAGCAGAAGAGUGGAGCUUCUAAGCCUAAAAAUGUCGCUCUUGUUGAGUCUGUGUGUGUUAGCUCUGAUAAAGGAGAGACUUAUCAGCCUUUUUUGUUUAGGGGUACAGUCUCAUUAUCACCCGAUUCAGAAUUUAAACCUGUGACAAUUCUGCGAGAUACGGAGCGGCUCAGUCGUUCAUAUCUGCAGAAGUUCUGCCGUUUUCUGAAACUUCUUUUACUGGCAAUGAAGUAUUAG